GUAUAGGCCUAAACAAGGUGACGGCCAGUUAGACCGUUUUUCUGGCGGCUGGUUUAACGGAGUGCCUUUAGGACCCCGCGGACACCGAACAUGGGCGGAGGAUCAGGCGGAGAAAGGUGAAGUCCCCCUCAGACUACUGAUCAGAGGUCAGUUUCAAAUUCCACCAAUGAAAUUUAAGGUUGUCUAAAGAUCUCGGGACGCUGAUCUCCGGUCAGUUUAUCUCAAAGUAAUGAGCUACGCAUUUUGCCAACGACGUUAAAGGAUAAACACAGACGGCUAGGUUUUUAGCUAGCAUACAAAGAGUUGAUCUGUGCAAGAUAUUAUGAUAAUUCACAAGUUUAAAACUACCAUUAUCACCUCCCAUAAGUGCUUCCCAGCGGGUUGAAUGGCCGGAUGUUGUUGUUGUUUGGGAUAGCGGCGCCCCGCGGCUUUAGAUCCAGACCCAGACGUCCAUCAUAAUCCGCAGCGCCAACAGUCAACUCCAAGUGCUGCAGGUGACUCUGCGAGCAAAAGCUGUUUGGAUAUGCAAGCGAACACAACGCGGGGUUUCUUGUGGUCGGACGUGGAGACGAGGACGUUGUUGAACAUCUGGGGGGAGCAGGACAUCCAGACGGCGCUGGAUGGAAACUUCCGAAACAGCUUCGUGUAUCGCGACGUCUCCCGGAGGCUGGGGGUGAUGGGGUUUGAGAGGACACCGGAGCAAUGCAGGGUGCGCAUAAAGAGCCUCAAGAGGCAGUACUUGUUGGCCAAAGAGGGUAAUCUGCGCAACAACGGGCAGUAUCACAAGAUCUGUAAGUUUUAUGACACCAUGGAGAGGAUUUUGAGCAACCGACCCGCCCUUGACCCGCAGGAGUUCAUAGAUAGCGGUGCGGGAGCAGAGGAGGCCGGGGAUGGCCUGGAGGAGGAUGGAGAGGAUGCUCAGGAUGCUUACUCAGAGAGCACAGGGGAGUGUCCUUAUCCUGCAGAGACUGAAGUCAAGCUGGAGUACCCAACAGUUCCCAUCCCUAUUCCAGUUAAAGUGACAGUGGGCAACAACA